AUCUAGUUUCUUUUGAAAUGAUUGCCAAGCUAUAUCAAAAUUGUCAGAGUGCCGGGCGCUUGUCAAGUGAAAUCGGUGUUUUAUAAUUCCAGUUGGACAAACAGUAAGAAAUCACUACAGAGCCUCAAAAAUGCCGCGUCGCCGUCGUUCACGCCGGAAGUUGAAUCCCUCGAUAGCUCUGAGGAAGAAGAACCAGGAGAGUGCCGGGCACAGCAGUCGCUCGAAGUCGGAGCCGCCUCUUCCGCCCACCGUACCGGAUUCGCCAAAGGCGAAGCCACCCAAGUCGGAGCCGCCCAGCGAGGAGGUUACGGGCGAGGCGGCCUCCACUUCCAGUGGAGAAGUCGGCAAUGAGGCGGAAUACAAGCUCUUCCCCGAGGUCUUUGAAAAACCGCCACUGGGCCUGCUGCCUACUUUCGCUGACGUGUUCGGGCAGCCAUCUUACGAAAAUGGUUACCAGCCAAAGGAUGUGCCGCCCGCCGCCGCCCCAACUUCAUCCUCGUCCUCGACCUCCACAUUCGCGUCCACUUCGCAGGGUUGUGGCUGCCCUGGAAUCCAGAGCACGGCCGACGGGCAUUUUACCCAAAUUCCCGCCACAAUGCUGAACGACAGUUUUGGGAUGACGGGUCUGUUGGCGGCCAUUCGGAGCACGGUCACGGAGCCGGGCUCCACGCAGCUGAUCUUCGGCGAGGACCUAACCACCUACGGCCUAGACUUGGCCGCCCAAGGCGACAUCUACGUGCAUUUUAAUGGUCCGUUUACCAUGGAACCGCCAGAGCGCAGCUCCAUGGAUUGCGCCCUAGAGCUGGGGAUGCGUGCCAUGCGGGAUGCGAUGGACAGGUAUCCACCCCUGCCGCCGUUCUGGGAUCCCUUUGUGCCGGAGACCCGGAACCUGGGACUUCUGGGUGUCGACGGCAAAAAACUGGCUUCGGACCAAGGCCAAGAACCCAAGAUGGCAACCAAACCGGAAUCCAAGUCGGAACCCAAAACGGAACCCGUGAAGGAGUCCAAAGAAGAUCCACCUCUGACGCCACCAGAGCGUAGUCGGGAUCGAGAAAGGAAUCCCAAAUCCGGGAUUCAGAAUAAAAAAAAGAAGUCCAAGCAUCGAUAGGACCCAGCCCACUAGCUGGAGAGCUCAACAGAAAUUUGGUAAAAUGUGAUCGUUUUGACUAGCAAGUCUUUGAAUUUAAGAAUAUUUUUAGACCAAUAUACCGAAUCGGCUUCAAGAAUACGACGUUAAUACGUUUUGUAAUAAAUUAAAUGAAUUAAGGUAUGAUCAAAAAUUAA